GGGCCGCCCCCCGGCCCCCGCCGGGCCCGCCCCGGAGACUGCCCGGCGGGCGGCGAGGCGGAGACCAUCACCUUCAUCUCGGGCUCGGCGGAGGCCGCGGGCGCGGACCCGCCGGCCUGCUGCUUCUCCCGGCCCUGGCUCUGGCGCUUCUGCAAGACCGUCUUCUGCUUCCGCCGCUGCCGGGGCUGUUACCGGCGCUGCGGGGGUUGCCUGCGCAGCUGCGGGGCCUGCCUGCCCUUGGCCGGCGCCCCCGAGGGCGGGCCGGGCCAGGGGGCCUGGGACAAGGAGCCCAACGGGGGGCCGCCGCCCCGCAGCCCCGCCCGCGCCUCCCCCCGCCAGCGGGACGGGGAGCGCCCCAAGAAGUCGGCCGUGGGCAGCAGCUUCAGCUACCCGGACGUGAAGCUGAAGGGCAUCCCCGUGUACCCCGAGCGGGGCAGCCCCCGGGCCGAGCCCGAGCCGCCGGCCCGCCGCAGCCUGCCCUGCUCCCCGGCCGGCGGGGGCUGGGGGGCCGGGGGACCCGGGGGCGACAGCCACCGCAGCUCGGAGGAGUACUACUCCUUCCACGAGUCCGACCUGGACCUGCACGAGCUGGGCGGCGGCUCCAUGUCCAGCCGCGAGAUCGACGUGCUCAUCUUCAAGAAGCUGACGGAGCUGUUCAGCGUCCACCAGAUCGACGAGCUGGCCAAGUGCACCUCCGACACCGUCUUCCUGGAGAAGACCAACAAGAUCUCGGACCUGAUCAGCAGCAUCACGCAGGACUACCGCCUGGACGAGCAGGACGCCGAGUGCCGCCUGGUGCGGGGCAUCAUCCGCAUCAGCACCCGCAAGAGCCGCGCCCGCCCGCCCGCCCACGACCCCCGGGGCGGCCGCGGCGCCGCCCCCGACAGCGGCCACGAGACCAUGGUGGGCUCGGUCGUCAGCCAGGAUGACCUGACGGUGCAGAUAUCGGAGGAGACGACGGCAGACGCGAUCGCCCGGAACAUGAGACCCUUCAGUGCGCCAGGUUUCCAGAUGAGCCACACCUCGUCCUUCCAGGGCACUGAGACGGACUCCUCAGGGACGCCCCUGCUCCAGGGCUACUGCUAGGUCCCCGGGACCUACGGACCUUCUCGCCCUCCCCUUGGCCCGGUCGGCGCCCCGGAGGCGGCCUCUGGCUCCCUACAGCCCCGCGGCGGCGGGCGGGCCGGUCUGUUCUCCGCCGUUUACAGAGGCCGCCGGGCGCCUUAGGCCAGCGGGGGCAUCUGGAGGCUGCCCGGGCCCGGGGAGGUGAAAGUGACUUUGGGCUGGGAGGCCACGGACCGCUCCACCCACUGCAGGGUACGUAGCGGCCGGCGGGCAGAGACGCCACUCCGCCUCGGCGGGAGGUGCGGGGGCGGCGCCAGCCUGCCCCGCCUUUCACCCCGGCUCCCGUGGCGGGUAGCCUGGUCCUCGGCCCUCGCCCGCCGCGGCAGGGGCGGCGGGUGACCCGGGGAUGCCCUCCCAUCCUGCGGGCACAGCUUGGGCUCCAAGCUGCCCAGAGCUCACAGCCUCUCCCUCUGGGGCAGAGUGGGCCGGGCACCGAA